CAGGGCAAGAGCCCCUGCAUCCAGGCGGCGCUGGAUUGUGGCGUGGACGCGAAGCUGAGGAACGGGGCUGGCGAGCCGCUGCUGCUCGUGGCCGCCAGGGCCGGCGCCCUUGAGAGCGUGGAGCUGCUUCUCGGGAGCAAAGCCGCCGUGGACGAGAGGGCUUCCGGGGGCACGUGCCAGGGCUGGACCGCGCUGCACGCGGCGGCGGCCAACGGGCACAAGGGCGUGUGCCAGGCCCUCCUGAAGCAGGGCCAGGCUGACGUCAUUCUGAAGACUCCAGACGGCCAGCUAGCGAGGCAGCUGGCCGCCGCGGCGGGCCACAAGGCCCUGGCAGAGGUUCAAGCUUGUCGCGGCCUCGGCGCCUGUGAGGUUCGGGGCGUUGCAGUGCGUCCGCGCGACGGCGCGCCCUCACGAUGGCGCGCCCUCCACGACGGCGACGAGGGCGGCGACGGGCGCGUGUCCCUCUGCAGAGUGCCUCGGCUGGCCGUGGGCGCGCUGGUCCUCCCUGGCUGGUGCCCCGUGCGCUGGUGCGCGGUAGCCGGUAGCCACUGGGUGCCCUGCGCCACGUCGGCCGGCACCACCGUCGGCGCCUCCGCGCCGCUGCGGGAGUUCUCCGAGGAGGUGCAGCGCGCCCGCGCGGCCGCGGAGGUGCCGGGGCUCCUGGAGGCGCGCACGUACCUGGACCUGCAGAACUUCGACAUCGGGCGCUUCGCGGAGAAGCAGCGGCGCGACGCCCCGGGGUCGCUGCAGCUCAUGUACAUGUUCUACUCUAGGAUAUACGACAAGCUCGUGGGCAAGCAGAAGGGCGUCGACGUGCCGCUCUUCGCGGCCCUGAGCCUCACGGAGCCCCUGCUGGGCUUCCACGCCAUCCUCGACUGGGCGCGGGACUUCAAGGUCACCCCGUCCCGCGUGGGCCGGCGGGAGCUCGAGCGCAUCUUCGUCACCGUGCACGGCGGCCCGCAGCCGCCCCUCGAGAGGUUCUCCUCCAAGAUCAACUACCUGCAGUUCCUGCAGCUGGUUGCCCUCUGCGGAGACGCGGGCGAGCCCAUGGACCGCAGCGUGCUGGACGGCUCGCGCGUCCGCGCCGAGCACACGCGCCUCGAGAAGGUCAAGGCGAUCGUGAGAUUCCUGUGCCUCUCGAGCGCCAAGAAGGUCAAGAUGGCCCUCCACAACGCCUACCGCGACGUGCACUUCUGGCGGCUCAGCGAUGGCUGCGACUUCGAGAGGGAGGCCCGCGUCGCCGAGGUGCGCGCGCGGCCCCAGUGGACGGUGGAGCCCCUGCCGCCGGGCAGGCAGCUGGACCCGGACGCGGACGCGGGUGCGCUGAAGCACCUGCAGCAGUUCACCUGGCUCCCAGGCAAGCACACCUGGGAGGAGUUCGAUGGCCCCAUCCUCGACAUGGGCACCUCCGAGCUCGGGGGAGCGGCGAAGCGCUUCCGGCUCGUGGUGACCAACCGGGGCCUGCAGCUGGCCCACCUGGAGCUCGACGUGCAGGACGGGGGCCCCCUCCGGCUGCCCCUGCGGGACGUGAAGCUCAGCCCCGGGCAGAGCGCGGACCUGAUGGUCGACUUCGCUCCGCUGAUGUGCGGCGAGUGGGCGGGCACGAUCAUCGCGCGGGCAGGGUGGCUGAACGGCGAUGCCUCGGAGGUGAGGGUCCCCACCUACAUCGCCCGAACGUGCGCGUCACGCCGCCCCAGAGCGGCGACGCGGCCCGGAGCUUACCCGCCUGCGCGCCUAGGCCCUUCCGCCCGGGCAGCCAGAGCCGCAUCAGCAUCGACCCCGCCAGCACCUCGAGGCAGCAGAUGCGCACGCCCUCCGUCGGCUCGCGGCCGGGCAGCGCCGCCUCCGGCGUCACCACGCAGGCGCCCGGCGACGCCCACAGGCCCCCGCUGCCGCCGGGGCUCCGCCCGGCCAGCGCGCUGGAGGUGCCGCACCGCGCCUGCCAGGCCGCGGCGCCCCACGCCGCGGCGCUGCAUGGACUGCCCGCGGAGGGCCGGCCGCGCUCGGCCCCCUUGGACAGCCUGCAGCAGCAGGCGGCGGCCGCCUCCAUGCGCCGCGCCAGGUCUGGCUCCGCCGGCCGCAUGCGGUCUUCGGGGCGGCGGCGAGGGCGGCUGCCGCCCGCUGUGGGCGUGCCGGACAGGAUCCCCGAGCAGGUCGUCGAGGGAGGGCUGCAGCUGGGGCACUGGCUGCUGCAGGACUUUGCCGUCGGGCAGCUCUGGGCGCGCUGCCGGCGGUCCAGGGGAUCUACCGUGUCGGACUUCACCAGCCAGGCUGUCCAGCUCCUCUUCCAGCGCUUCGACGUGCGCCCCGCGGGCCGAGGCCCGCUCGCCGCAGCCAGAGCCAGAGGGGACAGCUUCGACGCCAGCGAGGCUCGCCAGGCGGAGCUCGACCUCGGAGGCCAGCGAGCCGAUGCCCACGCCCCGCGUGCGCAUUCACACCGACGGCGACAGCAGGAGGGACAGCGGCCGGCGGUCCAGCGGGGGCUCCUCCGCCCCGCCCGGGGAGCGCAGGAGGCCCUCGACGGCGCGCGCCACGCUGCGCCUGCAGGCGAAGAAGAAGAAGAGCAGCUUCGCGGAGUUCCUCGACAGGAGGGCCCAGCAGCAGAGGCUCGAGGACUUGCAGCGCCUGCAGGAGGUCGUCGCAGAGCCAGAGCAGGCGCCCAUUGUCAUCGUCAAGAACACGACGAAGGCGCAGAAAAUGGUCGUGCGCGACCUCGAGGAGGUCCGCCGCAUCUUCAACACCUUCGAUGCCGACCAGUCAGGCGCUAUCGAGCCAGCCGAGUUCCUCCCGCUGCUUUCCCGGCUGAUGAGGCAACCCCAGAGCGAAAUGGACAAGGCCGUGGUGUGGCAGUGCUGGGAGGGCAUGGACGAGGACGGAAGCGGGCAGAUCACGUUCGACGAGUUCGAGAAGUGGUAUUGCGACACAUUCGGUUGUUCUCCCACCGACCAUACGGA